AUGUCACAAGAGAUUAAUUCCAGUUGGUAUAUGCGUCUCGCUACCAUUUUUCUCUACAAAAUCAACACGAUACCGUGUCUUCGCCGUUUGCGUAAGUACCCGGGGCGCGUUCUCCUAGUUUCAUCAAAGCUUUGCAUCAAAGCCACUGGCUUCGCAACACUCGCAGAGGCAAAUUCUAUGCUAUUCGUGGUGCAAAACACAGACAUACCAGUCCCAAAGGUGUAUUGCAGUUUCAAACACAAGGACCGCGUAUUCAUACUCAUGGAGAGAAUCGCAGGCCAAGACUUGGCGCAAGGGUGGACACAAAGAUCAGAAGAGUCCAAGGCGCGCAUUUUGGCACAGCUGAAGACUAUAACAACAAAACUACGUAGCAUCACUCCUCAGAAUGGUAUAGGCGUCGCAAACGUAGAUGGAGGCCCCAUCUUCGAUCAACGUCUUCCUGACAAAUCCUUUUGGGGCCCUUUUUCAACAAUACAAGACUUUCAUCGAGAAUUGCGCCACGGACUGGAGCUCAGAGACGAUGAAGAAGCCUUCCCAGGUCUACGAGAACUCAUUGAAUUCCACAACAGUUCAAUGCAGAGACCGGUUUUUACUCAUGGCGACCUCAGUAGCUUCAAUAUCAUGGCGGUAGAUGACAAGGUUACUGGCAUCGUGGAUUGGGAGACAACCGGAUGGAUGCCUCCGUACUGGGAGUAUACAUCAGCCUGGCAUGUAAAUCCACGCAAUGUGUUUUGGAAGAACUCCGUUGAUGAAUUUCUUGAACCUUUACCAUAUGAAUUGGAAAUGGAAAAGAUUCGUCGACAAUACUUUGGCGAGUUCUAA